AUGGAUAGUAUAGCUUUGCGUCUUGAAACCGAAAUUUAUCUUCUGGUUCUUUCGAGUCGCCUUUCACCUUCCCGAAAACCACAUGCUACUCAACUUAGGCUGAGUGGAGGUAAAGAAGAAGUGAAUUAUAAAGAGGGCUAUCCGCCACCAGUAUCUCCUCAACAAGUGAAAGACAAAAAGGUCUCAAUCUCCUUCUGCUCCGGAACCUGUCCAGUCCUUAUCUCAUUCCAUUCACUACCCAAGCAUGCAUUGCUAUCGGUCGGUCUAUGGCUGUCUGCCACAAGUCCCAGUGAAGCAGCUCCGUUGAAAAGAGCAGCGGUCAUUCCUGAAAAUGAUGCUUUCUAUACUCCUCCUGCUGGCUACGAGAGUGCCGCUCUUGGAACUGUCCUUAAAACAAGACCUGUGCCUAACUCCUUGGCGGCGUUUAGUCUGUUGCCACAAAAUAUUGCUGCUGCCUGGCAAAUUCUCUACCGCACCAGUGACUCCUCCGGUAACGCACAAGCAACCGUUACCACCGUAAUUGAGCCUCACAAUGCAAAUGCGUCUCGAGUCCUAUCUUACCAGGUUGCAGAGGAUAGUGCUUGGGAAGCAUGUGCUCCAUCUUACGUGCUUCAAAAAGGUUCUAGUCUGAGCGGUGUCGCAACCCAGGCUGAACUCCUUGUUAUGGACGCUGCAUUGUCUCGAGGCUGGUACGUGGUGACCCCAGAUUACGAAGGACCUAACGCAUCUUUCACUGCCGGAUUGCAAGCCGGUCAUGCUACCUUGGAUUCCAUUCGGGCUGUGCUUGCUUCAACUAAUGUUACAGGCAUUAAGGCUAAUGCUGAUGUCGCUCUAUGGGGUUAUUCUGGUGGGGCACUUGCUUCUGGAUGGGCUGCUGAACUACAACCUUCCUAUGCUCCUGAGCUAAGAAUCAUUGGUGCUGCAUUGGGAGGUACUCCAGUAGAUCUCAAUGCGACACUCAAUGCCGUCAACAAGGGUCCAUUUGUUGGUCUUGUUCCUGCCGGUAUCCUUGGUCUUGCAUCGCAAUAUCCCGACCUUGCUGCUUAUGUCGACUCCGUCUUAAUUCCGUCCAAGAAGGCCAACUUCUACAAAGCCAAAAGUCAAUGUCUAGCUGCCGAUAUCAUCCAGUUUUUGGGUCAAGAUUUUAACAGUUAUGUUAACACAACCAACUUCUUGAAUAGCCCAAUUGCUACCAAAGUGCUUACCGAGAACCACAUGGGCAAAUUCGUACCCAAGAUCCCUCUUCACAUGUAUCAUGCUAUUAAUGAUGAAAUCGUUCCAUUCGCUCCGGCAAAGGCGCUCUAUUCUCAGUAUUGUUCUCAAGGCGCAAGCAUUCAGUUUGUAGCUGAUGAGCUCUCCGAGCAUGUCAUUCUUCUGAUCACCGGAGCUGCAGAUGCCAUCUUGUGGCUUCAAGAUCGGUUCAAUGGAGUUACUGCAGCCACUGGUUGCUCCAACAGAACAACGGCCACUUCCGCAUUGGACCCAGGUGCCUUGCCUGUAUUUGGUGAGCUUCUUUUCAACGACUUGGGUGCUCUUGUUGGACUGCCUAUUGGUCCACUUUCUAUUACAUAG